AUGGCCAAACCGACGCUCGAAGGCUUGCCAACCGAGCUACUGAUUAUCAUUCUGUCACAAAUCUCAGACUUGGAUACUCUCAAGUCUAUUGUGCUAUCAUCGCCAGUAUGCCACCGAGUGUAUCUCACAGUUCGACACGAAGUCCUUCACAAUUUACUCAUGGAACAAUACGGGGCAAUUCUAGACCUAUCCGAGGCAAUAACUGCAAUCAGGUCAAAAGGUCUCCUCCUUGAAUACCAUAAGGAUCAAGCUAUUGUCGUCUUAGACAACUGGCGUCGCAGAGGAGAAACUCGCCAAAGUUCUUCAACUCCAAUCACUCGGGUAGAUCGGCCUGAUGGCCUGGAGGAAAUCAUCAAGCUACUGCAAUUUCACAAGAAACUACAUUUCUUCUUGGAGGACUACACGAUGAAUUUACCACGACCCCCAUGGAUUGACCCUGCACAGUGGGAGCAAGAACUACCCAUCAAAAUGUCCGAUACCGAGAAGCGUCGCUUUAUGAGAGCCUUAUGUCGACUGCAAACUCACGCCCAUAUCUUUGGGCCACCCGAAGGUCUACCGCGUCCUGAAGAUACCUCUCUAUAUCCACAGCCUCAUCAUGAGCACAUUGGCAAUAUGUAUGAGGAUGAACCAGCGUAUCGAUUGUUCUUCGGUGCCAUGCCCCCCUGGGAAUACCAAGAGAUGGGGUGUGUAUGGUCAUAUCUCCUGACCAAAUAUGACCCUGUCAUCAAAAAUAUUUCCAACGAUUUGCGUGACGCUAUGAAAAAUGCCAAAAGUCAAUUUUUUUGGAAUGAACUCGGUGACGAGUGUCCACCAUCCGCGGUAAUUGACACUGUUCACGACCUGAAAACCCUUCCCGAUUAUACAGAAAAUUUAACUUCUUUGGGACCUGAUUUCCUAUACCGUGUGUUACACGCGGCAAAAAUACCACAGCGCAACAUGGUGAUCGGAAAUCUCAACACUUCUCAUUGGGCUUUCAUUGGACUCGGCAUAGGAUCUUGGGAUAACCGAAUUCCGUUCACCGAACCGGCAGACCGACAUCAGGUGCGAAACUUUGAGCAAUUCUGGUCGACCCUGCCGCCUAUUGAUCAACCUAAUCUGGGCUGGAGGGAACUCGGUUUGAUUCCGCACACCCCGGAACAAGAACUAGAGGAUGUGCUGUUUGAGGAAAAUGAGCGAAAUCUUGAGGAUAAGGAAUGGUCGUGGGGGUAUGCUCUCUGGGAUGAUGCGAGGUUGAACGAGUGGAAGGCGCCUUUAGUACGAGAUGAAAGCUUGUAUGCUCGCAGGAUUAAUCCUCCUCCUCCUUUGCUCCUCACGGCACCUUGA